UUGUCCAAAGCAGACGACAUAUUUUAAAGAGAUUUAUAAUAUCGAAAAUUAUACCGCAUUGUUAUUUAAAAAUUAAAUAAAUAUGUAAAUUUUUUAGAAUAUACAAUUUAUUGACAAUUAGUGAUAUUUUUAAUAGUGACUCUAUUCUGAAAAAUUUUCUUGUUAUAAAAUUAAUCGCAUAAUGAGUAAAUUUCGAAUUUUAAGGUUAGGUACAAAUUCACCAUUUCUAAAUAUUUAUUUUUUUGAAUGAAAGUUGAAAAAAUUUUUUGAAAAAUCAUCUACUCAAUUUGGAAUGAUAGAAAAUAUUUUGAGGUGAAAACAUCUAAUAGAAUGCAAAAGAAAUUUGACAAACAAUGUACGUGGCAGUGAGGGCGAUCUUUCAUCGUAUUAUCCGCUUACUAUCGAGGAUAAAAUUAAAAUACGUCAUAUUAAUAAUUAUCAGCAUUGCUUUAUUAGAUGUCUUUGGUGCCUUCACUCACAUAUUCGAAAUUACAUAUGACGAGAAUUUUUCCUAUCCCUACGAUGGAGAUAUUCAACCAUCCGUGUUGCUACUGCGUAAUAAGCAAAAACCCGAAAUACCGCCAAUCAACGAAUACAAUCAAACAUUUAUCAUCACUCCACAACGUUCCUGUAACGAUAUUCAAUAUCAAUCACUACGAGUUGUUUAUCUAGUCAAAUCAUCAGCAGAUCAUUUCAAUCGUCGAACUGCAAUUAGAACUUCCUGGGGUUCAGAGAAACGAUUCUUUGACGUUACAACAAGAACCGUUUUCCUUCUUGGUGUACGGCCAGAUAAUGAAGAACUCCAAACGAAAAUUAAACUCGAAUCACAAAAAUACCAAGACAUAGUUCAAGCUGAUUUUAUAGACUCUUAUUUUAAUAAUACCAUUAAAACAAUGAUCGGCUUUAAAUGGUCUGUUGAGCAAUGUUCAAAAUCCAAGUUCUACAUGUUUGUCGAUGACGACAUGUACGUGUCUGUAAAGAAUGUUCUACGAUUUGUAAGAAAUCCGACAAAUUAUCCAGACUAUAGAAAAGAAACCCGACGAUUUGGUGUCGAGAGGAAGAGGGAAAUUCGCGAUUUAGAAGUACCGGACGAUAAUUUUGCUCAAAGCGAGAGAAUAAUUGAUAACUCUAGAAUCAACAACUCUGAUAGUUCGCAAUUAACUAAUCGAACAGAAACAAUAGAUUCUACCCAAUAUGAUGAAUUUAAUUACCGAAACUCGACUCCGACAAUAAUAGGAUCCGAAAGACAAAAGCGACAAGUUUUUGAUUUCGAAUUACCGGAUGACGUGAGACUGUACGCUGGUUUUGUUUUCGUUUCCUCGCCCCAUCGACACAAAACAUCAAAAUGGUAUGUUUCUCUCAAUGAAUAUCCAUAUCAUCUUUGGCCGCCUUAUGUAACCGCCGGUUCGUACAUUCUUUCAAGGGAAGCCCUUAUUGACAUGUAUUUCACCAGUUUCUACACAAAACACUUUAGAUUCGAUGACAUUUAUCUUGGAUUUGUUGCGAAAAAAGCUGAAAUACAACCAUUUCACUGUGGUGAAUUUCAUUUUUAUAAGAAGAACUACAACAAAUAUAAUUACAAGUACGUCAUCACGUCACACGGCUAUGGGAAUCCAGACGAAUUACUAAAUAUUUGGAAUGAACAAAAAGCUUUAGGAAAUGCCUAGAAAUUUCUUCUCUAUUACCAAAAAAAAAAGAAUUAUAAGCAUAUCAUUGUAUCCUGUUUGAAAAUUUGUUCUUUUAUAAAUAGCGAUUCAUAGACAAUUUUGAAAAUCAAAUGUAUUUUAACACUAAGGACCA